AGUCAGUUGCGAGCAGUCGUUUGGAGUAGGUUGGUGUUGCUUCGGUGCAAAUCGGUCGAACAACGUGUGACAUUUGUAUCGCGCGAGAUUUUCAAAGUGAUUUUUUCAUGUGGAACUGGAACUGAAGGAAUUCUUGGAGAUUAUCAUUGUCAUACGCAGUGCAGCAUCAUUUCAGGGUCGGACUCGAAGAUGAGGAGACCGCUCGACAGGGCCGUCUGAACUUUGCUGGCGACCCGGUGACUAUGCACAGCACAGAAAAUGGCACCGAAUCCGGAGCGGAACCGCCAUCGACCGCCAGGCCGACCAUAUCCGUACCCGCUGGACCUGUCGGCGCAGUCUCGGUGGCGAACGCGCAGGGGGUGCGCGAAUGCGCGGGUUGCGGCAAGCGCAUCGUCGACAGAUUCCUGCUCAAAGCUCUCGACAUGUUCUGGCACGAGGACUGCCUCAAGUGCGGCUGUUGCGACUGUCGACUGGGCGAAGUGGGCUCCACCCUGUACACCAAGGCCAACCUGAUCCUUUGCAAAAGGGACUACCUUAGGUUAUUCGGUACAACAGGGUACUGCGCGGCAUGUAAUAAAGUAAUACCCGCUUUUGAAAUGGUUAUGAGGGCGAAAAACAACGUCUACCAUCUAGAGUGCUUCGCUUGUCAACAAUGCAAUCACAGGUUUUGUGUUGGCGACAGAUUCUACCUAUGCGAAAACAAAAUUUUAUGUGAAUACGACUAUGAAGAAAGAUUAGUUUUUGCAAAUAUGGCCUACAAUCCUAGCAGUUUAGCCCAUAUAAGAAGGCAAGUCAGUAACUUACAGCCGCCGCCCGCUCCCCCCGACAACGGUCGCAUUGUGACCAGCCCGUCCUCCUGUUACAGCGAGAAGAGUUUGGACGCGGAGGCCCGCCCCCCCGCCCCGCCGCGGCCGCCCACUAGUCACGACUCCGCCCACCUCACGCCCGCCCACCGAGGCGACGACGUGUCCAGCGGCUACGGCAGUCCCGAUUCCGAGACCUUCGACACGCCCCACCAGUGACGGCAGCCGCCCCCCGCCCUAUGUAGGCCCGCCCACAGGCAGCGCGGCAGGACGACUAUAUCGUAGCGUUGUAGCGGGUGGAGGGUGGGGUGGCAGGCCGCCCAAUGGGCGGGUAUGCUGGGAGAACCGACGUUGGCGGCGAGCUGGACUGCUUUUUGGUGAUUUUGUGCAUUAGGUCAGGAAACCAACAAAAAAUAGGGGAAACAAUUGAGGAGCAAUCAGCCAAAACCAGAUUAAUCCACUUUUGGGCAAAAAUGAUUUCAUGAUCGAUUCGUAUUUCUGUUGAUGAGAUAAAUCCGAUGGCGCAAUCAGUUUCAACCAUAACUCGUUAAAUCCCAUUUGUGUGUUAGGGAAAAUGGACAUCCAUUUGAACAAUUCAAAGAAUAAAUUACUGAAUAAUUUCGAAAUACAAUUAUCAUAGUAAAUAUUUAAUCAGAUGCUUAUCCUACAUUAUGCACUUUUUAUUACAAUAUAUUUGUUGCUAUCAGAUACCUAAAAGUUUUGUGUUUUGUUAAAUAGUUAUUGUUGGUAUUGUUUUUGUCCUCUUCAUGGAGAAAUCGAAAGAAAUAUUCCUUCAAUUGGAACUUUUUCUAUAUGAAAAAUCCAUAGCCCACUAUUAAAAUUCGAUGUUUCAGUGAUUUUGAGCAUUUUUGAAAAUUCUAUUUCUUUCAUAUAUUUUAUAUUAUCAUUUUGAAAAUCAUAAGUUUGAGUCGUAUCUGCGAAACCAUACGCCGAAAAAAAAAUUUGGUGCGCCACUAGAUUCUUCGUAAAUCUAUGGGAAAAGAUAUUAAUUUGACAUUUUCGCUGAGAAACUUCGUAGAUAUAGAGGGGGUUCAAAAAGUAUAAAUUUUCAAAAUCGCCCUGUAUCUCAUAAACAGAAACAGUUAUGCAAAAUCUGAUUGGGCCAUCUUGAGUUUCAUAAAAAAGUGUUCGAAAACCACAAGGUUGUAUCUCCAAAGAUAACUGGGAUAUCAUGCAAAAGCAUCGAAAACGGGACACACUGUACAAACAUUUGCAAAUACACGAUUUAUUUACCCAAUUCCAUAUAUUUUGCCUUUGUUGAAUGAACUAAAUCGGUUAUUGUGUUGAAGAGUGCUCUCGGGUGUUUUGAAUUGUUUGACCGUGUCUUUGAAAUGGAUCAUUAUCAAUGAACAGCCAUGGAGGAACACACAUUUUGAAAUUGUUUACCGAAAAUAGCAAAAAAUCGAGGAUAGAGCUUACAUUUUUCUAAUAAUUAUUUCAAUUACUUUCUUAGUAUUUUGAAAGAAGUUUCAUUAUUAUGAUUUACAUGAACCGCACAAAAGAAGUUUUUCAACAGUUGAAUUAAAAACUUGUAAAUUGAUAUGCUGUUAAAAAUUGUUCUAAAAUUGUUCUUAUCCAUCAUCCUGUUGCUCCCUCAGGAGCAACUCUCAGAAGGGGGCAAGGAAUGAGGGAUGCCUUACAUUUUAAUGUGUGAUACCAAACACUUAGUCCUAUCUCACUGUACAAGGUAUGCCAAAAAGUCGGCCUCAACUUUCUUAUUGUGACAAAAUUCAAAAAUGUAAAACAAAACAGGUGUUUCCAUUGGAAAAAAUGAAGUUUUCAAAAAUUUAACCAUACCUGCUGAAUUUUGAAUGAAUUCAGGGUAAUUUUGCACUCAUCAUGCGAUGGGUUUUUUUCCGAAAUUUUUUUUUUGGUACUUACGUAUUUUUGUCUGGAAAACACGAAUUUGAUAAUGAAAAUGUGAACAAACCAUUAUUUAUUAAGAUAUUUCACUAUAAAGUUACAAAUUUCACCUUCUUUUCCGCCUGUCUUUGGAUCUCAUUUAGAACAAUUUAUGAAUUUACCCUUCUUUUUCCAUCAUUGGACAAUUUAUAUAUAUCACACAAUGUUGGACACAUUUUUUUAUUAUAUGAGUCAAUUAGAAAUAUGAUUUUCUUGUAAUUUAUCCAUGUUUAGUGAAAAGGAGGAAGAAUAUCAUUUGAAAUAAUGGCGUGUGUAAUGUCAUUCCAAAGCAAUCUAUUGACAUUUGACAUCUCGUAUUUGGAUUGCCUAUGUAUGCUUGCUCACUAAAUAGGAAAAACUCGCCAUAAAAAUCAUAUUUCCUGUUGAAUUUUUUAGCUUAAAAUGUGUCAUGGAAGUACAUCAUGAGUAUAUAAAGUGUCCAAUGACAAAAUAAAAAGAGCAAGUACCUGUAAAUGCAUCCAACACAAGGGGGAAAAUAAGGCAAAAUCUCGAACUUUUUCUUGAAAUAUCUCGAUAAAUAGUGGUUUGUUCACAUUCUCAUUAUCAAAUUCGUGUUUUUCAGUCAAAAAUACGUGAGUGCCAAAAAAAAUUUUCGAAAAAAAAACCAUCGCAUGAUAAGUGUAAAAUUACCGAAUUCAGAUUACUACUGGAUGCACUGUAUUGUGUUCAUUUUAUUGUCACCCUGUUUCUAAAAAUUCCAUAGAUUUGUGAACAAAUAAAAGCGAAUAAUAUACCUUUGUCAUAACACAAAUUCUGUAAACUUUGCCAGCAUCAAGAGUGCACUAUGAUUUGUUUUAAUCCAGUAAUACUCAACACAUUAUUACCUAUUUAUAAAAGUGUAUGAAAAAUUUCAAUGAAUGAUACUUAUAUCUUAUAUGAAUACUUCAUGAACAACCCCAUUUGAAGAGGAAUGCCCUUUAUAUUCCUAAAAAUACCUAGGCAAGAAAAACCAGAAUUCUUCAAUGCAUGACAUUUUACCAUUUUUUCCUCAGUUUCUCCACUAACAUUUACUUUAUUAGCAACAUUAUAUGCUCACUAAACGGAAUUUUUCGACAUAUUUAAUGAAAAACAUCAUCUGGUCAUUAAUUUUCGAUUUUAAAAUGGGACAGGAUUGAUAACCACAAAGGCAUUUAUAUUCCAUAAUACCCAUAACAUAUUCGUCUAUCACCAGGAUAUUUCCGGUCCAAAAUCUGAUGUGGUGUUAAUUCUCAUGGAUGUAGUUCUGGUAAUAUUGGUGACCACAGCAAUCCAUACGUUCACGCCAUCUAUUGCCAAAUGUACUAGUUUAAAAUAACCUUUCAUGUAGAUUGAAAACACAGAGCAUAUACGUUUCUCUAUUUCAUAAUAUAAAAUAAUUUCGAAAUGUAUGACAGAUUAGUAAGUCAGAAAUACACUUCUACUGAGUAUACGUUUGUUUUUCCCAAUUUCUGUAGGGCUUUACUUGAUUAUUAAUGAAUCCACUUUUUCUUUAUUUCAAUAAUCAGUAAUAAUAUGGUGUUCACUGUUGUAUUAUAAUGAAUACCUAUAAGAGCUGUUUUGUCUCAAUGUGGUUUUCUGGGUCAAGGAACAAACUAUUGAGUGGAAAAAAUAUUAGGAUCUCUUUGUGCUAGUCCAACUUGCCAAAAAAAAAAACACUAAAAAGACGUUUUGCACGAAAAUAUGUAUUAUAAGUAUAAUAUAUUAUUAUAUAAUAUAAUUUGAUGAGAUUUUGAAUAGUAUACGAUUUGGAAAAAAAAUGAUAUUGACAUUAGGUAUGUGCAAUAUUUUUUCAGGAUUAUAUAUUUUUGUUAACCUACUGAAACAAUGAGAUUUAUUAAAUUGAAACCAUUGGGAGACCUAGGUCAGAUAAGUAAAUUCCUUUCAGUACCUAAUGUUCCUCAUAAGCAAGCAAUUGUGCUUUGACAUUUAGUUCUACAGGGUGAUUCAGGUUUUGAAGUACAAACUUAUCAUUUUUAUUAAAAAAGUUCAUAUUAACAUGAGUCUGAUCACGAUCAGUAGCAAAUCUACAGGGGGAUAAAUUCCAAUUAUUUUGUUUUAUUAAUUGAAAUAUCUCGCUCACUUUUGAAGAUAUCAAUUUGAAAUUUGGUGUGUGGUUAAUACUUUCUAGGAAUUCAUCAUUUUAAGCAUUUUAGAGAUUUUGUAAAUCUACAGGGUGAUACGUUUUUGGGGGUAUAGGCUUCUUUAUCCCGCCAAACUUUUUCUUCUCCACUACAGAUUGAGAUCAGACACAUGUUUAUACACACUUUUUUGUUCAGAAUGAUGAGAUCUAUCACUCAUUUCAGUUUGUACCUCAACACUUGAAUAACCCGGUAUAUAAGACACCAAGAAGUCUAGACCAAACUUGAAAAUUUUGUAAAUACAAACACAUUUAUGGUUGAAUUUUAUAGUUUGAACAACAUACCUACUUAUCUUUAGUUAGUAUUGUGAUAUUGGAUAAAAUUUUAAAAAUUGAUUUCAAAGUGCUGCUUCCUGUAUGCUUUUUACACACAUAUCUCUGCCAUUUUCUGUUAAUGUUAUACUUCCAUCAUAGUUUAUAAACUCAAAACGGAGGAUUUGUAUGAUGAAUUGUAUUAUUUUGAUUUUUUCCUUUGUUGAUACAUUGUAUAUACUAUACUAGUUAAAACCUGAAUAAAUGUUGUCUUUUUGUU